AUGGUAGCCGCGCUGCUCGAUGACAUCUUGCAUUUGGUGGGUGACCACUUCAGAGAAAUCUUUUCAAGACAGCUUUGGAGACGCGUUGAGAUCAACUCUCAAAACAAAGACUGCCUCACCAUCGAUCAAAAGCGCACAGCUCUCUUGCAAGCUUACGGGUUGCAAUACACGCAAAUUUUGAUCUUCAAAGACCCAGAGGGCUUCGCAGACGAGUUUCAGCAGUGCACGUCAGGAUUGACAGAGUUGGUAAGAAGGCUGCCGCAGCUGCACACCGUCUCGGUUCAAGACCUCAACGUUUCACACCAGCUCAUGGUGGCUCUUUCAGAAGUUCCGCACCUACGAAGCCUUGCGCUGAACUUUUUGGCCAACGUCGGGCCAAAUCUCGAUGACUCUGACGCAUCGAGCGGUUCGAUUGUCGGCACCGAGGUGCUCUCAUCUUCACAAGCUACAGAAGAGACUGCGGAGGGGACAGACAACGACUUGAAUGCCUCUAAUAUUUCCGACGGCAUGACCUGCCAGGUCAUCGAUCUUGUUGAUAGUGAGGUCAAUCUUGGCGAGGACGACCCUGAAGAAACUGAUCUCGAGGACUUAAUUUUGAUACGACUACCUCCGCGCUUUACUCCUGUUUUUAAGCUGGAGAGUUUUCGGAACAUGAAUCGUCUUUCGGUUAUGAACAUGUUCGGCGACCCGAACAUUUGGUCUGAGUGGCUCCUGGGUAUUCUGCCUCAGAGCCCGUCUCUGAAGCACCUCAGCCUGUCAAUUGCGGAAGAAACGGAGCACAUUCUUUACCAUUCCCCUGCAGCUGCGAACGCUGCGGCUGGGCCGCCCAUUCUCAUUUCCGGAUCUACCGACCCUGUCAAUAUUAACAGAGCCCAAGCACCUGGAAGACAUUUACAUCUUCAAUCAAAACCCUACGCACUCUAUCCCAUUUGA